AUGCAACGAACGAAACCACAAGAGAAGAAUGUAGAACAAAAUCUACGUCGUAUUCAAAAACUACAAUUAGAAAAUUCAGUUACAAAAAUCAAUUCAAAUAAAUAUACAAUGGAAGAUUUAGCAAAUGAAAUUUUCUAUGAAAUAUUUGAAUAUCUUGAUCUAUAUGAUAUUUAUAAAGGAUUUUACAAUCUAAAUAUACGAUUUCGAAAUUUAACUAUUCAUGCAAAUGUUUUAACUAAAAUCAAUUCUUCAAUAAUGUCAAAUUCAAAUUUUAAAGAUUAUUAUCAAAAUAUUGUUAAGUCAAAUCAACAGCAAAUUAAUUUUCUUCGUUUAACAAAUCCAUUUGCCAUUAAUAUUAUUUUUUCAUCAUCACGUACUAUUUCAAAUUUUUAUUCUCUUGAAACAUUAAUUCUUGAUAACUUACAGAACAAAAAGUUUGACCAAUUCUUUGAUUAUUUUAUACGCUUACCUAAUCUUCAUUCAUUAAAUAUCUCUCUCAAUGAGUGUAUUAAAUCAUUAUAUAUUCUUUUUUGCCAAAUAUUUCGUUUACCAAAAUUAAAAUAUUGUAAAAUUGAAUAUUAUACUGAAAAUGAGAAAAAGCCAUUAUAUGUUGAUUUAAAUUAUAAUUUUAGUUCUACUAUUGAACAUUUAAUAAUAAAUGGUCCUUUUCCAUUUGAUUCAUUUAAUAAUUUAUUAUGUUGUCUUCCUAAACUUAAAUAUUUAUCAAUUAAUUCUAUUGUUGAAUCUCAUAGGAUUAUCAAAAUAAAAGAAUUAUCUCCAAUUGAAUUAAAAUAUUUCAAGAAUAUUUUUCUUAAAUUUGAUUAUAUUCAUUUUGGCAAAUUUGAAAAAAUUGUUAAAGAUUUUUUUCAUCAUGUUCAAAUUUUACGUCUUACAAUAAUUGGUGAUGAAAGAUCUUUAGAUGCUAAACAAUAUCAAGAAUUAAUAACAUUAUAUAUGCCAUAUUUACGUAUUUUUGAUAUAAAUCAUGAAUAUUCUAUAGAAAAGAAUGAUUUAACAUAUCAUGAUAUAAUUAAUCAGUUUAAUUCUUCGUUUUGGAUUGAAAAUAAAUGGUUUUUUACACAUCAACACCGUCGAACACCUGGAUCACAUGCUGGAAUUUUUCAUUCUACCGUUCCAUAUCGACGAAAACAUUAUACGUAUUAUUUGACAUUUAAUAAUGAAGUUUGUUCAAAUAUUCAAGAAAAUUUAAAUUCAGUUAAACAUCUGCAUAUUGUUAGCCAAGGAAUACAAAAUAAUGUUCUUAAUUAUUUUCCAAAUGUUAAUCAAUUAAGUAUUAAAGAUAAAUCUAAAAACCGAAAUAAACCAAUUAUAGCAAUUCUUCAACGUAUUGUACCUUUAAAACAACUUACGACGUUAUUCAUUGAAUAUGCUGAUUUAUCAGUGGAAGAUCUUAUUAAAUUAUUAUAUUGUGCACCUAAUGUACAUACAUUACAUUUAUUUGCAUUACCUUCCAGUUUUACUGAUCUAGAAUUGAUAAAAGAAAAUGAAAUUUCUAAAUGUGUAUCAAAUAUGAAUAAAAUAGAAAAUCUGAGUAUUCGUACUUGGAUUACAUUCUAUGAAAUUCCAUUUAUCCUUCAUUUCUUGCCAAAAUUAAAAUAUCUUAAAACACAAAUACUUACACAUGAAACACAAAAAAUAAUUCGAUUAUUGUUAGCAGAAACUCACAAUCGACUAAGAAAUUUAUUGUAUUUAUGUAUUCCGAGGAUAUCAAAAAGAUCCUUGAAAGAAAUAAAAUUUUUGAUUAAAUCAGAAAAACUACUCUAUAAUUACUCAAUUAUAUGUGUUAAUGAAACUUUACAUUUAUGGUGGUAA